GUGUGUGGAGAAACCACUCUGCUGUAACCCAGAGAGAUGGGGCAAUCUGUGCCGUAGGACGGAGAUCGGAAGAAGGAAAACAAGGGCAAGAAGAUCAGCGAGAAAAGAGGACAUCUGGAAAAAGCGGAAGCAGAAGACCGGGCAGGGAAAAGAACCCCAUAGCAGGUGGAAACCAGAUUUAGGGCAAAACGGCCAGAUCCACAGUUUUCUGGUUUUUGUUUUUCUGCAAGGGAAGAAAGUACCAGAAGAUUGCCUCUUUUUUUUUUUUUCUCCCUUCUACAGUUAAUGAAAACUACUUUUGUCCUCAUCAUAAAAGAAAAGACUAAGGGGAGGUAAAGGUAGUCUCUGUUUUAUUAGGAGGAGGGCUGAAGGGAAAUCCAGACUCUGUUUUUGAAGCGUCUGAGUGAGAUAAGCCACUGCCUGGUACACAGAGUAGACCAUCCUGCUUUCUGAAGAUACAUCCCUCUCAGCAGAAUUCCAGCCGGAGUCGCUGGUACAGUUCUAUUUUUAUAUUUAAAUAUACCUGUCUUCCCCCCACCAAACCCACCCCUUUUAGCAACACUUCCCUUUUUUUUAAACAGGAGUGACGAGAAAGCGUCAAUCCAGAGUAGGGAUAUUUUUCUUUUUCUCUUUUAUCUGCUUGUCCUUCUCAGAGGGUAGGAGUGGUCCCUGUUUCGGGAAAGGACGUUUUAAUUUAAAGGCUCCCUCUCCAUAUAUUUACACACAUACGCAUUUAGAAAGAGAGACGGCUUUUGGAGGUUGAAAUCCUACUGAGAAAAAUGGAAAAAGGAGCCAGGCACCGAAACAACACUGAAAAGAACCACCCAGGUGGGGGCGAGUCGGACGCCAGCCCCGAGACUGGUUCCGGAGGGGGCGGAGUAGCCCUGAAGAAAGAAAUCGGAUUGGUCAGUGCUUGUGGUAUCAUUGUAGGGAACAUCAUUGGCUCCGGAAUCUUUGUGUCCCCCAAGGGCGUGCUGGAGAAUGCCGGCUCUGUGGGCCUCGCUCUCAUCGUCUGGAUCGUGACAGGUCUCAUCACUGCUGUGGGAGCCCUCUGUUAUGCUGAGCUCGGGGUCACCAUCCCCAAAUCUGGAGGUGACUACUCCUAUGUCAAAGACAUCUUCGGAGGACUGGCUGGGUUCCUGAGGCUGUGGAUUGCGGUGCUGGUGAUCUACCCCACCAACCAGGCUGUCAUCGCCCUCACCUUCUCCAACUACGUGUUGCAGCCGCUCUUCCCCACCUGCUUCCCCCCAGAGUCUGGCCUUCGACUCCUGGCUGCCAUCUGCUUAUUGCUCCUCACAUGGGUCAACUGUUCCAGUGUGCGGUGGGCCACCCGGGUUCAAGACGUCUUCACAGCUGGCAAGCUCCUGGCCUUGGCCCUGAUCAUUAUCAUGGGAGUUGUACAGAUAUGCAAAGGAGAAUACUUCUGGCUGGAGCCAAAGAACGCAUUUGAGAAUUUCCAAGAACCUGACAUCGGCCUCAUCGCACUGGCCUUCCUUCAGGGCUCCUUUGCCUAUGGAGGCUGGAACUUUCUUAAUUACGUGACUGAGGAACUUGUUGACCCCUACAAGAACCUUCCCAGAGCCAUCUUCAUCUCCAUCCCACUGGUCACAUUUGUGUAUGUCUUUGCCAAUGUCGCUUAUGUCACUGCAAUGUCCCCCCAGGAGCUGCUGGCGUCCAACGCAGUCGCUGUGACUUUUGGAGAGAAGCUCCUUGGGGUCAUGGCCUGGAUCAUGCCCAUUUCUGUUGCUCUGUCCACAUUUGGAGGCGUUAAUGGGUCUCUCUUCACCUCCUCCCGGCUGUUCUUUGCUGGAGCCAGAGAGGGCCACCUUCCCAGAGUGCUGGCCAUGAUCCACGUGAGGCGCUGCACCCCAAUCCCAGCCCUGCUCUUCACAUGCAUCUCCACCCUGCUGAUGCUGGUCACCAGCGACAUGUACACACUCAUCAACUACGUGGGCUUCAUCAACUACCUCUUCUAUGGGGUCACAAUUGCUGGACAGAUAGUCCUUCGCUGGAAGAAGCCUGAUAUCCCCCGCCCCAUCAAGAUCAACCUGCUGUUCCCCAUCAUCUACUUGCUGUUCUGGGCCUUCCUGCUGGUCUUCAGCCUGUGGUCGGAGCCAGUGGUGUGCGGCACCGGCCUGGCCAUCAUGCUGACAGGAGUGCCCGUCUAUUUCCUGGGUGUUUACUGGCAGCACAAGCCUAAGUGUUUCAAUGACUUCAUUGAGUUGCUAACCCUGGUGAGCCAGAAGAUGUGUGUGGUCGUGUACCCCGAGGCAGAGAGGCACUCAGGGACAGAGGGGACAAGUGAUGACAUGGAGGAGCAGCAGCAGCCCAUCUACCAACCCACUGCCACCAAGGACAAGGACUUGGUGGGGCAGCCCCAGCCAUGAGGACUGCCAUCCCUCAGCAGCUACUCUCCCCUUCAUCCCCUUCCUGCCUUCCUUCCCUGCCUGUGUCCCCCCAAUACACAGACACACACACACACACACACACACACACACACGCCUCUUUGCUUCUGUCAGGCAGGGUAGGACCUGGGUGUGGGUGGUGAGAAAUUAUAAACGAAGACACUGACAUUUGUACCCAAAGAACCUGCCUCUCACCCCAGUGCUGCCCACACGCAGCUGUUAGAGAGGAACGGAGAUGCCAAGGGCAGGGCCCUCCCUGCAGGCCACAGCUCAGCUGCCUCCUCAGGAACCUGAGUUCACAACUGCCUUCCCUCCUACUCCUGAGCCAAGGGAGGUCUCCGUUCAGAGAGCAGCGGCAGCCCCAGUGAGUUGGCUGGGGGGACAGACUCGAGGAAAUGUAGCACCAGUGAAGGUUGGCUGGAGAGACCCAAAGCCCUCUCUGUUCACCAGGGGCCCAAAGUCAGGGGGGAUGCCGCCCUCUUCCCUCUUCCCCCCAGCUCCCGCCAUACCUCCACCCACCCCAGCCCGGACUCCCUGUCAGAGUAAGGCUCCUUGCAGGGCAACACCUCCCCACUGAGCAAGGGACCAAGGAGA